GGUCGAUUUCAGACAAGGGCGGUUUUUUUUUUCUGUCGCUCGCUCCAACAGCACCAUCUCUGGCAGGUGGUGAGCGCUUAAAAUAGGCAUACAGCGGGCUAAUGUUUUAGGACGACAGGAAGGUAGCUGUUGUGAAUUAAAUACGAUUUUGGUUGUUUUCAUUCGUCGGGUUGGUAGUUUAGCCAGCGCCGCCAUUUAGGUCCAUGUAAAACCCACAGGAGCCUCGGUGAAUGAGACGAACGUCGGGGUUCUCCCCCCCUCUUCUCUCUCUCUCUGUCUGAGCUUUGGUGCCUUUUUUUUAACGACCAGCGAUAAAAAUUGGACAACUGCUCCUUCAUCAUGCAGCUUCAGAUAAAAGACGGAAAAGCCCCUGCAUGCUGACUAUAUUUCGUCACCGGUUGAGUUGUGAACAAGAGGGGCAGAAAAAAAAAAAAAAACGACCACGGCUGCAGUGUCAGGAGGGUCUCACAUCCUGGAGCUGCCUCACUUGUUCAUCCGCCGGUGUUGUUUUUUUUUAUUUUUUUUGUGUCGCACAGUAAAUGAUAUGUGGAUGAUAUUUUUCGGGAGCUUCUGUUUUCACCUCGGGAAACCCGCGAAGCCGAACACGACGACGACACCCGAACAACGACGACGACGAGCGGACGUUCUCCCCCUCCUCCUGCUUUGAAAAAUGAGGAAGCGAUUUCACAAAGACCCAGAAAAUGGCAAGAAGAAGGUCUCGUCGUCCGUCGUGGGCCUGGAUUUGAGCAAGAUGAGAAAGAAAAGGGCAAAUGCAACAGCGGCAUGAAUCGCCCCCCCACCUCCCCCACUCUCUCAGCAUAAUGACAGCGAAAGGAGGUAAAACUGUGGAGGCAGAGGAGACGCAGCAUCGAUGAAGGCGAUCUGGACAAGUUUUGUGUCGCUCAUAAUGAACAGAAACACUUUACAGCUUCGUAUCAGAUCGUUUACACCACACUGAAAGCUACUUUCGCCUCUUUUUAAAAAGAUUUUCUAAAUCACCAGUCAUCUAUUUUUGCAUCUUUUUUUUGUAUAUAUUUAUAUAUAUAUUUUUGAUCCGGAUCCAGCCCUGACUAUUCAAUGGAAGUAUGUUAUCAGCUGCCGGUUUUGCCUCUAGACAGGCCGGUUCCCAAGCAUGUCCUCAGCCGGAGAGGGGCCAUUAGUUUCAGCUCCAGCUCUUCUUUAUUCGGGGCUCCCGAUCCAAGACAGCUGUCACAGAGACGGGGGGCCAUCUCCUAUGACAGCUCCGACCAGACGGCUCUGUACAUUCGUAUGCUAGGAGCUUGUGUAGUAUUCAAACAGCUGUCUGCAAGAGAUGUGAGAGUAAGAAGUCAGGUUGGAUUUGAACCGGAACGAAGAAGCUCCCACCCUUACCUUUGCAUCGACUUCCGAACUCUUCACGCACGGCUGGGCUGUGGUUCCCCAUCGGCCGGCUCUGGUACUGAAAGGAGGGUUCACAGACUACUCAGCUUCCAGAGAUACCUGCACUCGUCCCGCCUGCUGCGGGGAAUCACCCAGCAGAUCCCCCUCCCCAUCCUCGAUGAAGACUACAGCGGACAGGCUAGAUGCAUGCUGGAGAAAGUUGGAAACUGGAAUUUCGACAUUUUCCUAUUCGAUAAGUUAACAAAUGGGAACAGCCUGAUCACYCUGACCUUCCACCUGCUGAACCAGUAUGGCUUGGUGGAGCUCUUCCAGCUGGAUAUGGUCAAAGUCUGGAGGUUUCUGGUUCUGGUUCAGGAGGACUACCACAAUGACAACCCAUAUCAUAACUCUGUUCAUGCUGCAGACGUCACACAAGCCAUGUUCUGCUUCCUGCAGGAGCCCAUGCUUGCAAAGUCUYUAACAUCCUAUGACAUCCUACUGGGACUCCUAGCAGCAGCCACACAUGACCUGGACCAUCCCGGGGUCAACCAGCCUUUCCUCAUUAAGACUGACCACUAUCUAGCAUCACUCUACAGAAAUACCUCAGUUCUGGAAAACCACCACUGGAAGUCUGCAGUGGGUCUCCUCCGAGAGACCGGGCUGUUCUCUCAUUUACCCACAGAGGACAGUCUCAACAUGGAGAGGGAUUUGGGCUCCUUAAUCCUGGCCACGGACAUCAGCAGACAGAACGACUACCUGUCCAGAUUUCGCACACACCUAGACCAGGACAACCUGUGCUUGAGCAACGCCAGCCACCGUCACUUUGUCCUGCAGAUGGCCCUGAAGUGUGCGGACAUCUGUAAUCCCUGCAGACCCUGGGAGCUGAGCAAACAGUGGAGCGAGAAAGUGACAGCGGAGUUCUUCCAGCAGGGAGACAUCGAGAAGAAGCACAAACUUGAAGUCAGCCCACUUUGUGACCGAGWGGCAAACACUGUCGGCAACAUUCAGAUCGGCUUUAUGACCUACGUGGCAGAGCCGCUGUUCGCAGAGUGGGCUCGUUUCUCCGACACGCGUCUGUCCCAAACUAUGCUGGGCCACAUGGGUCUGAACAAAGCCAGCUGGGGCGGCCUGCAGCAGGAACAAAGCCCGGUCUCAGAGGAGGCGGAGCCCAGCGCAGCCGCCACAGAUGGCGCCGCAGCCUCAGCAGCAGCAGCAACGACAGAAAGCAGCUCCAAAGAAAUACCUCAGGGAAGCAGAGAAUCCUGACACUCCUUGUACGCUCUUUGGCCUCCUGAACCCUGACUCCCCCCUCCCCACCAGCUACAGGGCCUCACCACACUCUGACGGGCCACCCUGACGCUGACCCACCUGAUCCUAACACCUUGUGUUUGUCUCGUUGCUUUGGCCUCCCAUUCUGAUAAACCACUGAUUUUAUUUAAUUUAUUUAGUUUUUAAUUCCUUUUUUUGGCAUAGAGCAAUACAUAGAUACCUCAUUUGGCUACUGCUGUAUUUUCUUUUAUUUGCUUUAUUUAUUUGUUUGACUGUAACUCUGGCAUUACUGACUGAAAAUGCCACUAUUUUUUCCCUUCCUUCCUUCCUUUUUUUUUUUUUUUGUUGAACCUAAAGUGGACAGCAGUAUAAACUGAACUAAAAAAAAGACUUUUGGUAUUUUGACGUGCCAUUUGAAAACAAAGAUUUGAAGAAUGAUCUGAACUGAAACAACUGGAGUAUUUCAACCCGGGACCCUCCUGAGACCUUUGAGUAUGACGUGUUGGAUUUGUAUUGAAGAUUCUUCCUUAUGUAAAAACAGAAAAAAAAAAAUGUGACAAGCCCAGUCUUUCUGCUGCCUCUACAAAGACUGUUUACGCAUCACCUUGUUUGUUGUAUUUUAUUUUUAAUUUUUUUCCUUGACCGUCGGCUCCACGGUUUGCCUUCAAAGCACAGAUUAUUCAAACAGACCAGAUGCCAUAAAUGACUCCACCUGUGCUACCACGUGUUCCUGCACUCCUAAAUGACAGUGACGAUGUUGGACGCACAGCUUCGUCUCUUACAUCCUGUAAAAGGUAUUAUUGUAGAAAUUAGUUUUUUUUUUCUCUCUCUUUAAAUCAGUUUUUCUGGAUCAUCCAGUCCCCGGACUGGAGAGUGGUCAGUCUCACCUGGAACUUCACUCCAUGCAACUCGACUCGCUCAGGGUUUUGCAAGAGUUAUUUUGUUUGAUUUUCUUAAAUUUUUUUUUUUUUUGAAGAGGGAGAGGAGGUGACUGCAGACGGUGCGAAGUUGCUCAGAUAAAACAGAAAGGCUCCCUCUAAGCAGAAUGUCUCUCACAGCCACAUGAAACCUAACGGACUGCUCGACUGAUGCCUUACAACUAUGCACAAACUAUGCUAAGUGACCAAACUGACUCCUGCUCCCAUCAAGUGCAUGGUGUGCUCGUCUUUGAAUGCACUGUCCAAUCCCUUUUGCCUUUUUUUUUCUUUUUGGUUUAUUUUCUUUGGUGAGGAACAACUCCAGCUGUUUUUUUUUUUUUUCUUUGUAUGGAAACAAACCAGUCGAGUGAAUUUCGAACAUUCCAUUUCUUUGUGUUAGGGUUUUGUCUGUUUUUGAUUCUGUACAGUGGCACACAUUGUGUUUGUGUUGGAACGUUUUGAACGAUAACAGGUGCUUUUCUUACCUUAGCUGAUAUGUAUUUUUGCUGUAAGUGCUGUAAGACUGUUGAAACUGUUUACAAUUUGUCGCGACAGCCAUUUUUUUGGGAAGACUUCAUCGUCGAGCCAGAUUUUGUAAAGGCUUUGCUGUAUUGACCCUUUUUGAUACAUGCCUGUUGCAGUUACGAUUUGAAUAAUAAAACCUGUUGUUGAAUUUCA